AUGUCUCAAUAUAUUGAUAAGAGUUGGAUAAAUAAACAAAGAAAUACAGAAGCUUAUAUAAAGGGGGUUAGUGACUUUAUGGAAUUUGCAAAGAAAGGGACACAAAAUGGUUUCAUUAGAUGCCCUUGUUGCAAGUGUCAAAUUGAUAGAAAGAAAGUAUUACCACUAGAGGAGGUUGAAAGACACAUUUUGUUUAAAGGGUUUUAUAAAGAAUACAAGGAUUGGAUAUUUCAUGGACCUAUGACUGUUGCGAAGAAUGCGUGUAAUCAAAUAGAGAUUCCAUUUAUAGCUUCCAAUGAAUCAGAAAAUUUAGGUCAAGAUGAUAUAUUAGGUGAACUAAAUGAAGAGGGGUUAGCUAAUGAGACUAUAGAGGAACCUAAUUUGCAAUAUGAAACCGAUGAAUUUCCUUCACAACAACCUAAUGUGAACUUUUUUUUUGAAGAAGUCAAAUUUAGCAAGCUUUAUGAAGCUUUUAAUGAACCUCUUUAUGAAGGUUGUACUUCCUUUUCAAAGCUAUCAUUCAUCUUGCACCUUUUUCAUCUUAAGUGCUUGUUCAAGUGGCCAGAUAAAUCAUUCUCAAUAUUGAUUGAUCUUUUACUUGAUGCAUUUCGACAAAUAAAAAAUUUUCCUUCCUCAUACUAUCAAGCCAAGAAAUUGAUCAUGGAUUUAGGUUUUGAAUAUGAAAAGAUCCAUGCAUGUCCUAAUGAUUGCACAUUAUAUUGGGGUGAGAUGGCUGGAAAGGAUUCUUGCCCUAAAUGUUCUUGUUUAAGAUGGAAGGGUGAAACAGAUAAGGGUAAGGUUCCAGCAAAGGUGAUGAGAUAUUUUCCUUUGAUUCCUAAAUUACGAAGGAUGUAUAUGUCAUCUAAGAUAUCUAAGGACAUGAGAUGGAAUGAUGAAUGUAGACAUGAUGAUGGAGUUCUUAUACACCCGGCUGAUGGACAAGCAUGGAAGGAAUUUAAUGUCCGAUACCCAGGGUUUUCCAAUGAUGCUCGUAGUGUAAGACUUGGUCUUACUAGUGAUGGUUUCAAUCCUUAUCGUCUAAUGAACACAACCUAUAGUACAUGGCCAAUAAUUUUAAUUCCUUAUAACCUACCUCCAUGGUCGUGUAUGAAGCCAUCUUCAUUUAUUUUGUCAAUGAUUAUUCCUGGCAAGGAAGGGCCAGGGAAUAAUAUUGACAUUUAUAUGCGUCCUUUGAUACAUGAGUUGAAAUUAUUGUGGAAAGGUGUCAAUGCUUUUGAUUCUUACGCCAUGUUAUCAGCAUGGAGUACUAAGGGUUAUAAUGCUUGUCCUGAGUGUAAUUACUCAACUCCCUCUACACGAGUCGGAAAUAAGAUAUGUUACAUAGGACAUCGUAAAUGGUUACCUAAGGAUCAUCCUUUUAGAUUUCAAAAUAGUUUGUUUGAUGGAACUGAAGAACAUGGUAGUGCUCCUUCACCUAUGGUUGAUGUUUUAAGAGAGCAACAAACUUUAGAGCAUGAGUAUGGGAAAAUUCAAAAGUCAUGUAAAAGACGAAAACGACAAUCCAUAAGUGAUAUUGAUGUCAAUGAUCCUAAGAUUCUUUGGACUAAGAGGAGUAUAUUUUUUGACCUUCCUUAUUGGGAGCAUAAUAUUCUUCGUCACAACUUAACUGUCAUGCAUAUAGAGAAAAAUGUGUGUGAUAAUCUACUUGGAACUUUGAUGAACAUGGAUGGAAAAAGUAAAGAUGAUGAAUUUGCUCGCUUGUUUUUUGAAAAUAGAAACGUGAAGCCACAUAUUUGGCUACAGCGUCAUAGUGACAAUGAAUUCAUCAUGCCACUCGCCCCAUAUUGUAUGACUGGGGUAGGUAAAGAGUCAUUUCUAUAUGUUUUGGCAAGUAUUAAAUUUCUUGAUGGAUAUGGUUCAAACCUUUCAAGAUGUGUGAACUUGAAAAACAAGAAGCUUAUGAAUCUUAAGAGUCAUGACAACCACAUAUUAAUGCAAGAUAUCCUUCCAAUAGCAUUGAAAUCAUCUCAAGCCUCCACAGUUAUUGAUCUUAUUGAUGAUCUAUCAUCAUUUUUUAAGUCCGUUUGUGCAAAGGAAAUCGAUCCUAAUUAUCUUGAUGCUUUAAAAUCCAAGAUAAUAGAUGUAUUGUGUCGAAUGGAGAUUGAAUUCCUUCCUCCUUUUUUCACUAUCAUGGUUCAUUUGUUAAUUCAUCUUAUUAAGGAGGUAAAGCUCGCAGGACCUGUUCAUUACAAAUGGAUGUAUCCAAUUGAAAGGUACUUAGCCCAUCUCAAAACAUUUUUGAGAAAUAGAGCUCAACCAGAAGGUUCUAUUGCCGAGGGUUAUAUUCUUGAGGAAACAAUUACCUUUUGCUCUAGAUAUUUAGAAGGCGUAGAAACACUCUUCAAUCGACCACGUCGCAACGAUGAUGAUAAUGAAAAUGGAUCUAGUUUUUUGUUCAAUGCUUGUGCUUAUCAAGCUAGUGAAAGAACUCGUAAAACUCAAAAUAGUGGAGUAAUGGUGGCAGCCGAUGGAAUUAAGUACUAUGGAAGAUUAACAAAUAUACUUGAAGUUGACUACCUUGGAUUCUAUAAAGUCGUGGCUUAUCGUUGUGAUUGGUGGACAUAUCAAGCUACACAAGUUUUUUAUGUUAAGGACAAAUCAAAAAAUGGUUGGAAUUAUGUAGUUGAAACUAAGCCUAGGGACUUGUUUGAUGUUUGA